AUGGAGGUUUUUAUGGAUGAUUUCACUGUCUAUGGUUCCUCUUUUGAUGCAUGCUUGAACAGUUUAAGCUUGAGUUUAGAAAGAUGCAUCGAGACUAACCUUGUUUUAAAUUAUGAAAAAUGUCAUUUUAUGGUUGAGCCGGGAAUUGUUCUUGGUCACAUUAUUUCUGAAAAAGGAAUUUCUGUUGACCCUGCUAAGAUUUAUGUAAUUUCUACACUGCCUUACCCUUCUUGCGUUCGCGAGAUUCGUUCUUUUCUUGGUCAUGCAGGUUCCAAGGUUGUUGUUUUUACUGACCAUGCAGCUUUGAAGUACUUGCUGAAGAAGCCGGAUGCAAAACCGAGAUUGAUUCGGUGGAUGUUGUUGCUCCAAGAGUUUAAUGUUGAGAUUAAAGACAAAAGUGGAGUUGAGAACUUAGUGGUUGAUCACUUGAGCAGGAUAGAGAGAAAUGAAGAUCCUUUUCCUAUUCAGGAUGACAUUCCUGAUGAGCAGUUGUUUCUUUUGCAUGGGAUUACACCUUGGUUUGCUGACAUUUUUAAUUUUCUUGUUGCUGGUGUUUUUCCUACAGGUGCAUCGAGAUCACAGGUUCAUAAACUCAAGAGUGAUGCCAAAUAUUAUGUUUGGGAUGAUCCAUAUCUAUGGAACUUUGGUAGUGAUCAGGUAAUCAGGAGAUGUGUCCCCGACAAUAAGAUUGAAUCUAUUUUGAAUUUUUCUCAUGCAUCUCAAGUUUGCGGACACUUUGGUCCUCAAAGGACGGCAAGAAAGGUCCUUGAUUCAGGUUUCUAUUGGCCAACUGUUUUUAAUGAUGCUUAUGAGACUUACCGCACUUGUAAAGAGUGCCAGAUAGCAGGUACAAACAUCACUCGCAAGAGUGAAAUGCCUCAGCAGCCCAUGCUUUUCUGUGAGGUAUUUGAUGUAUGGGGAAUCGACUUCAUGGGUCCCUUUCCUGUAUCAUUUGGUUUUCUUUACAUUUUGCUUGCUGUUGAUUAUGUUUCAAAGUGGGUGGAAGUUAUCCCCAUUAGGACUAAUGAUUCUAGAGUUGUUGCAGAUUUUGUCAGGUCUAAUAUGUUUUGCAGGUUUGGAAUACCGCGAGCUAUCAUCAGUAACCAAGGCACUCAUUUCUGUAACCGCACCAUGGAAGCUUUACUCUGA